GCGUGAAGCGCAGUUUGGAUGCUGGGCUUCAGUCUAGUGUUGAACGGAGAGCAGACAUGGCAACUACAACAGCAGAAGCAGAGACACGGCAGAGGCUACUGCGAAACGUCAUGAGGGAGGUUAAGCAGAUCAUGGAGGAAGCAGUCACAAGGAAGUUUGUGCAUGAAGACAGCAGCCGUAUUGUCUCAUUCUGUGCUGCCGUUGAAGCAUGCAUUCUUCAUGGUCUGAAGCGGAGAGCUGCUGGUUUCCUACGAAGCAACAAGAUAGCGGCGCUCUUCACCAAAGUGGCCAAGAGUUUCCCUCCAGCUGAGGAGCUAUGCAAAAAAGCCCACGAGCUGGAGCUGGUCUUUGAGAGCAAGCGAAGCCAGUCUUUGUCAUACAGCGAGAGUUCUCGUAAGAUGCCCAGGUUUCCAAACUUUACUCCUCAGGCUGCCAGACACGUGUGGAUCCACACCUCACUCAUCGAAAAGGUGCUGGACAAGAUUGUGCUUUACCUGGUGGAAAACAGCAGCAAGUUUUAUGAGAAAGAAGCCAUCCUAAUGGACCCUGUGGAUGGCCCGAUCCUCGCCUCUUUGUUAGUGGGUCCUUGUGCUUUGGAGUACACUAAAAUGAAGACAGCAGAUCAUUUCUGGACAGAUCCGUCAGCCGAUGAGUUGGUGCAAAGGCAUCGUAUUCACAGCGGCCACUGCAGACAAGACUCCCCUAUUAAGAGACCCGCCCUUUGUAUUCAGAAGAGACACUCCAGUAGCAGUAUGGAUGAAAGAUCGUCUCCUUCACCCUCUGCACGGGACUAUGUAGAGUCUCUUCAUCAGAAUUCCAGAGCGACCCUCCUGUUCGGCAAAAAUAACGUGCUGGUGCAGCCGAGGGACGAUAUGGAAGCAAUCCCAGGAUACCUCUCUUUGCACCAGACGGCUGACAGCAUGACUCUGAAAUGGACGCCAAAUCAGCUAAUGAACGGCUCCAUGGGAGAUCUCGACUAUGAGAGGAGUGUGUACUGGGACUACGCCAUGACUAUCCGCCUGGAGGAGAUUGUGUACUUGCACUGUCAUCAGCAGGUGGACUUCGGUGGAACAGUGGUUCUGGUUAGUAAAGAUGGGAUCCAAAGACCUCCACUUCGUUUUCCUCGCGGUGGUCACCUUCUUCAGUUUCUCUCCUGUCUUGAAAAUGGUCUGCUGCCGCACGGCCAGCUGGACCCUCCACUUUGGUCCCAGAGAGGGAAGGGCAAAGUAUUUCCUAAACUAAAGAAGAGAUGUACACAGGGAUCUUCAGACUCUGUCUCGGACAAAGAAGAGGAAGAGGCAACUGAUUACGUCUUCCGCAUUGUGUUCCCAAACAGCAAAUCAGAAUUCGUGACUGUUACCCAGUCCUCCCAGCUCUCUCUGGGUACUACCCUCCAGGGUCAGUCUCUCUCUCUGAACUCAAGGGGGGGGUGGCCUCCUAAAUGCCAGACGCUGGUGAUGCCAAACGGCUACCGCAGAUGCCCGAGAGAGUCUGCAUCCUCCCAAAAGUCCAGCUUGGGGCCAGAGUUGAUGGAUCAGGGAGCAAACAUGUGGCAUCCCACACCAAGGAAAUCAUCCUGUUCUUCUUGCUCCCAGAGUAGUUUCUCUGAUGGAGGACCACCCAAUGGCUGCAAUCAUGAGAGGGCCCCUCUGAAGUUGCUAUGCGACAAUAUGAAGUCCCAAAUCAUCUCCAGGGCAUUCUAUGGAUGGCUGGCGUACUGUCGCCACCUGUCCACGGUACGCACUCACUUGUCUGGCCUUGUCAAUCACGCUAUCGUGGAGCCAGAUGUGCCCACCGAUGGUUACAAAGGACUCACGACGGCAGUGUGGAUGAAGUUUCUUCAGGACUGCAGUUCCUGUGAGGAAAAGGAGCUUCUGCGGCUUGUUUAUUUUGGUGGAGUUGAACCGUCUUUGCGUAAGGAAGUCUGGCCUUUCCUGCUGGGUCAUUACCAAUUUGGGAUGUCUGAGGCAGAGAGAAAAGAGGUGGAUGAGCAGAUGCGAGCGUGCUAUGAGCAGACCAUGAGCGAGUGGCUGGGCUGUGAGGCCAUUGUUAAGCAGAGAGAGAAAGAACAGCACGCCGUGGCUUUAGCCAAGUGUUCUUCUGGUGCAAGUAUGGACGGCAGCACACCAAGAAUAUUGCACAGAGACUCCACUAUCAGUAAUGAGUCUUCACAAAGUUGUACUUCAGGCCGACAAAGAGAUUCCAGGUUGCAGAGUGACUCCAGCAGCAGCACACAGGUCUUUGAGUCCGUCGAAGAGGUGGACCAGUUCGAAACAGAGCCCAAGAGCGAAGGUGUCAAACAGGUCCCCAAAAUCUCAAACGGAACAUCCCAGAACGGCACGAGUUCUCCAGACUCGGGUCACCCCUCUUCCAGAAACUUCUCCGUUACAUCUGGCCAGUCGGAUUCGAUAAGCACAGAGGACAGCGGGUUACACGAACCAAACCUCAAAGCGCUACAGCUGCCCGCAUCGGCACACAGCCCAACAAAGCCCAAUCAAAAUGCAGAUCAAAGUGACUUCACCAAAAUGGAAAUGGGUGCUUUAGAUAGGGAAAUCCAGACACAGCGAAUGCAGCAAGAGGUUUUAAAAGCAACACAGAAAAAGAUGGAUGAAAAUGAGGUGGAAAUGAACUCUGAGGUGUCGAGAGAAGACAAAAUCAGUGUUAAAGAGUCACAAAGGGCAUUCAAAUCGACUGCUGCUGAACCACACGAGAAGAUUGUUCAAAAGAAGACCACAAACAAAGACAGGACGGCACCGGUGGUGGAAGAGACUGUCGUCCCAUUGGUGCAGGAGGCUUUCAGCAGAAGAGAGAUGAGUAAAGUCCAAGCCCCAGACGAAUCAGACGAGUCUCCCUCUGCCAUCGAAAUGGAGGACAUUCCUACAGCUAAUGUUUGCAUGGCCUGGAAGUCUCCAUCCAAGACAAGUGUGCAGACAGUUGUGCCCUUACUGCACCUCGGGCUGGAGGAGAAGACCAGCCCAGAAGAACGGGUUUCUCUCCUGUCUGAAGAGCCGGGGAUGGAGAAUAUCUGCCCUCAGUUUGAUUCACUCACAGUGAACGCGGAGAAGAACGAAGUUAUCUCUCCAGUUUCCUCAGUAGGGACCACAUAUUCUCAAGAGCUUUUGGACAUGUACACUCUGAACCUGCAUCGCAUUGAUAAAGAUGUUCAGCGCUGUGACCGAAAUUACUGCUACUUCACACCUGCUAACCUGGAGAAACUGCGCAAUAUUAUGUGCAGUUAUGUUUGGCAACACCUUGAAAUCGGAUAUGUCCAGGGCAUGUGUGACCUACUAGCUCCUUUACUUGUUAUUCUAGAUGAUGAGGCAAUGGCUUUUAGUUGUUUUACUGAACUAAUGAAAAGGAUGAAUCAAAACUUUCCCCAUGGAGGUGCCAUGGAUACCCAUUUUGCCAACAUGAGAUCCCUCAUCCAGAUUUUAGAUGCAGAGUUGUUUGAGUUGAUGCAUCAAAAUGGUGAUUACACACACUUCUACUUCUGCUAUCGCUGGUUUCUACUGGACUUUAAAAGAGAGUUGGUAUAUGAUGAUGUGUUUGCGGUUUGGGAGGUCAUCUGGGCUGCCAAGGCUGUCUCCUCCAGCCAUUUUGUGCUCUUCAUCGCCCUCUCGCUGGUGGAGAUAUACAGAGACAUCAUUCUAGAAAACAACAUGGACUUCACAGACAUCAUCAAGUUUUUCAAUGAAAUGGCUGAGCAUCACAAUAUCAAGCAAGUUCUGACUCUGGCACGUGAUCUGGUGUGCAAAGUGCAGACACUUAUAGAGAACAAGUAAUUCCAAAUGUCUCACAUCUGUUCUUACUCACGUAUCCCAUCAGCCCCUUCACAAAACAAUGGGAAACAUUUGGCCAAAUCUUAUUGAACGAAAAGUAUAUGGGUAGGUAUUAUAGCAUUGCUAAUGCUAAAAAUCCUGCUCAACCUGAAAUCAGUCAGUGUGCAGUUCUUUUAUAGAGCCAUCUGGCUCUCUUGUCAGGUUUAACUGAACAUCAGUCACAGUACAUAAAACUUUAUGAAUAAUUUUAUGCUGCUCAUGAGAUGAUGAUGAUUCACUCCGUGACACAGGAUUUUACAUUGUGUCUCUCUAAAAUACAUUGAUAAUCGUACGCUGGUGACUUACAGUUUCCUUAGACGUUUUGGUCUGAUUUGUUUUAUUUUUAAGGGGCUCUCACAGUAGAUUCUGUGGUCAGGUCACUUCCAUUCAUAUGCAUACAUGUGGGAGAGUAAGACAGCAUGCAUAUUUGUAGCAUUGUCUUCUUUUGCUGUGUACCAAAGGGUUGGUGAACUCUACAUCUCAAUCUCACUGACUAACCAGUUUUAAUAGUUUACAAGAAUAUGAACUUAAACUGAAAGAGAAACUUUGAUUUGGAAGUAGGCAUUUUAAAGUACUUGUAAUUAUGAACUAUUUAUUCAAAUCAGACUGUCGGGUCUGAAGAAAGUGGGGAUGUUUUUUUUGCAUGCUUAUUUUAGUGUGACCAGCUCAUGUAAACCUGCCCACUUUGUUAGUAUUCUGUAUUCUGAUUUGCCACUUAUUAUCAGUUACUGUCCUGUGGCAGUAGGGGUCACUCUGCUUUCAGUUCAGUGUUCUGCUUCAGUUCAGUGUUCUGACCGUUUUUUGCUAAACCAUUGUCUAAUACUGUGAGUUGUUACACUGAAUCAAAUCAGGUUAUUUUAUCGCACAUUAUGUUCACAAGGAACACAAACAAUGUGUUUUCUCUUUGUAUUUGAAUUGACCAGAAUUGAUUAAGAACAUCCAUAUUUUCUGUAAUGUUUGAGUCCGUACUGUGUUUCAGUGCAAUAGUCUUACGCUUUCAAUCACCUUUGGCAUUUAGAUUGUUUUAAAAAAAAUCUGUGCUUGAAUGUGUUUGUUUGUGAGUGUGUGUGGAUUUAUCACAAUCACUACUGCGAGGCCUUGUCUGCUUGAUGUAUUCCUGCUGUUUGUGAACUGUACAGAAAAAUUGCUAUAUUAUUGCUAUAUUUAUUAUAUGGAAAGAAUCUAUAUUAUUAACUGCAGUGUGAUCCGUGAACUAUUUUAGAAUAGACAUUUGAUAUUUAGACAAAAUAAAAUCAUCAUGUUCUUAUUUAUGUCUUAUUUGAAUUGAUCGUUCAACCACACUUUCCUUUGCCGUAGCUCUGCCCUCUUUUUGCAUUAGCAUAACAUUUAUUUCAAUACCUAGUAACACAAUGAAGUAUUGAUCCUAUGAGCGGACCAGUAAAAUUAGAGGUCGGAUAAGUAAUAUGGCUAACAUGAUAUUUCAGGUAUGAAAAGUGAAAGUGCAACAAAUUAAUGACGUACAGAUAUGUUAUAAUUGUAUUUUAGAAACCACCUGUUUGCAGUAUACGUCUGGGUUUCAUUCAUAUUUAAUCUUAGUGUGUUCAGAUAUGAGCAGUGUUUUAUUAUUGUCCUGCAUUGCUUCUGUCUGAUUUAUCAAUUACCAAAAUGUGUUCUUAAAGCAGUCCGUUUAUUUCUACAUUCUGAGUCUGUUGUUACAUACAUACUGUAUAUUUAUUUAAAUCUGAAUGUAUGCAUUUUGUCUCUGCUUUUUAUGUUAUGCAACACUGUGGACCAUUAUUAUAAAAAAGUGUUACAUUCUAAAUGUAUAUUAAAUGGUAUAUGUAUUGGUUGGAAAAUAAAAUAAAAUGGAAUUGU